AUGGCAGCCUUGGAUAAAAUCAGCUCCACAGACCCUCGUAUUGCUCGCUCCUCAGCAGAGAUUAACGGCAAGACAUAUGGAUUUCUUUGUGCUAUCCCGGAAGGUGGUUUUGAAAGAACAAUUGUCUUGAUCCACGGAUUCCCUGAUCUAUCGUUCGGGUGGAGAUACCAAAUCCCGCUAUUCCUCGACUUGGGCUAUCGGGUGAUUUGUCCAGACUGUAUUGGAUACGGACAAUCUAUGAUUUCGUCAGUCUUGCAAAACAACUUGGUUGUGUUAAUACCAUUGUCGGUGGACACGAUUGGUAAGGCAGCAAAUAUAAUCACUUUCUAUCUGCGGGCUUAUACAUCUGACCACGAUUGUCUUAUUAGGGGAGCCAUGAUUGCUUAUAGAAUGGCCAUAUGGCAUCCUGAAUUCGUGACGCAUAUAUUUACAGCCUGUGUUCCAUACAUCCUACCGAAUGCAGAGUGGGUUGAACUUGAGAGUUUAACUAAGAUAUACCCAACACUUGGUUAUCAGUUGCAGUUCGGAAGCGGACUUAUUGAGCAGGAGACUCGGACCAAGGAAGGAAUCCACAAAUUCCUGAAUGCAAUGUAUGACGGAAGGACAUCGCACAAUCAGUCCGCCAUGGAUCCUAACAAGGGGUUGAAUUUUGAUCUGGCUGCUCAGCUAGAAAGAGCAGCAGUUUUAAGUGAAGAGGAACUUGAGUACUACGUUAAUGAAUUUGCCAGGAAUGGACUCGGUGCGGCAUGCAAUUACUAUCGGACUCAUCGCCAGAACUUUUUGGAUGAAAGUUAUUUUACCCAGCAGGAGAACAGUGACGCUGCAACUAUCAAAUGCCCCACUCUAUUCUUGUGUGCGACGGAGGAUAUUUGCGUCACCCCGGAGAUGACCGAGCAUAUCAAAAAGUCCGUUAUAAACCUGACCUUCAAAGAAAUCAAUGCCAACCACUGGAUCUUGUGGGAAGAGCCGGGAGUAGUGAAUGAAGUACUCAGGGAGUGGUUUCGGCAGCAAGGCCUUGUUAUCAACAAGGGACCUUGA